AUGGGGCUGUUGGCUGAGGACAUCGCAUUUCACUCCAACAUACCUGUGCCAGUGGAUAUAGCUGUGGCUGUGGUCUACUCUGUUUUUGGAGUAUGUUCACUGUUCGGUAACAGCACCCUGCUCUACGUCUCCUACAAGAAGAAGCACCUUCUGAAGCCUGCCGAGUACUUCAUCAUCAACCUCGCUGUCAGUGACCUGGGCCUGACUCUUUCGCUCUACCCCAUGGCGAUAACUUCCAGUUUCUACCAUAGGUGGCUGUAUGGGAAAGCAGUGUGCUCCGUGUACGCGUUUUGCGGCAUGCUGUUUGGCAUCUGCAGCCUGACCACACUGACUCUGCUGAGCGUGGUGUGCUUUGUCAAAGUAUGUUAUCCACUCUACGGAAACAAUUUCAGUUCUGUUCACUGCCGUCUGCUCAUUGCCUGUGCGUGGGCAUACGCCUUGUUGUUCGCCUGCUGCCCACUGGUCCACUGGGGGCAAUACGGGCCAGAGCCUUACGGCACUGCCUGUUGCAUUGACUGGCGCCUGUCUAAUCAGCAUACCACAGCACGCUCCUACACCGUGGUGCUGUUCGUCUUCUGCUACAUCCUUCCUUGCUGUGUUAUUUUGGCGUCCUACACGGGCAUUCUGGUCACAGUGAACGCGUCCCGCAAGACUAUGGAGCAGCACGCAUCGAGGCAGACACACAUGAGCAGCAUCCAGACAAUUAUCGUUAAGCUAAGUGUCGCCGUCUGCAUUGGUUUCAUUGCGGCAUGGAGCCCGUACGCCGUGGUGUCCAUGUGGGCCGCCUUCGGAGACAUUAAAAACAUCCCUCCUCUUGCAUUUGCCAUGCCAGCCAUGUUUGCCAAGUCCUCCACCAUCUACAACCCGAUCAUCUACCUAACGCUGAGACCGAACUUCCGCAAGAUAAUGUGCGGAGACCUGGGGGCGCUAUGCCAUGCCUGUCUGAAGGGCUGUUUCUGCUUCCAGGAGCCGGCGAAGUGUUGCUCAAAGCCAAAGAUCAGGGUCAGGCUUCGCACUUUCCACAGGCAGACCAUGCAGUUCCCUUCGUCCGACUCCUGCACUCAUCCGCAAAGAGCGGCAUUAAAGGAUCACAGCUGCGAGAGGUGCAAGGAUGCGUUUGAGUGCUUCCGACACUACCCUCAAAUGUGUGGGGUUACUAACCUGGCAGCCAAUGAAGACUCAUCAAAGGACCUAGACAGUCCAGUGUCAUCAAUACAUAAGCGGGAGGAUGAAUGUGCGUGCCCUAGGAAAUCCCUGAUUGCUGCACUUUGCGCAAAAAGGACUUCAGACACGGACAACUUCCAUAUUAAUUUAGAGAUGGUUCCAGGGCACGCAAAAGUGGCUUGGCCUUGAUGUUUAUUAAUAUUAUUUAUAUUGUUCACAGAAUAUUUCCGAACACAUUUGCAGGUUUUGUUGUUUAAGAUGUGCAGUUACUUCUAUUUUAUAUUAUGUUUUCAGGAAAUCCAGGUCAGGGAUACAUAAUCGACAUACUCGACAAGUGUUGGGGCACCAGCCAUUCUUCUUCUGCUUCCCUUUAUGGGCCUGCGGUGCAUUGUUUCGGCUAAUGUGAUAGAAGACAGAAUGGCAGAAUGAACCAGGCAGCAGGCAAUUUCCAGAUUCCUUUUCAAGUGAUUUGUCAAAUAAGUCUAUGCUGCAAUGACUUAGUGAGUUUACAGUGCA